GUUUCUCUUCAUUUUAGUUAUGGGACCGAGGCCCCAAGACGGAAAUCGCCAGAGUGUGUAGUGUCUGCAUCCUGAGCUCAAGCCUUCUGACUCCGGGGACCAGCACGCCUGGCGCCCAGCUCCUCCUCGUGUGCUGGCCGGGGUCUGCGUCGACCAGGAGUGACGUCACCGUUGGUCCAGCAUGAACUGGGAGGCUCUGGAUCACGUGCCCCUGCUGCUGUACAUCUUGGCAGCGAAAACAUUGAUUCUCUGCCUGGCAUUUGCCGGAGCCAAAGUUUACCAAAGGAAGAGGUUGGAAGCCAGAGAGCGCCAGCUGGAAGCGGAGAAGAAGUCGGAGAAGAAAGAGCGCUAACGGGAGCCACAGGGUGAGCUCAGUGGUGUCGGAGCCAGAGUGGCUGCACAUGAGCACUGCGCUGAGCGAGUGGGGCGUCCGCGCUGCUGACCAGACGGCUCCUGCUUCCCACCGGCCCUCUCCCCUAGACGCUGCACCACACGGCGGCCCUCUCCCCUAGACGCUGCACCACACGGCGGCCCUCUCCCCUAGACGC